AUGUCAGGCAAUCGCAGCGGCACAUCACCGCAACCCAUUGGGUCCGCACCCCCACGUUCACCCUCCCCGUACGGCCAAGGCUCGCCGUCUUCUCGCAGCUACUCGACCGCCAGACUUGCGAGUCCCGUUCCCUUUGGCACUCCUCCCAUCAGACAGAUUCCCACCCCGCGUCAGCUCGACGGCCAAGACGACUCCCGCCGCGACAGUGCAGACGACAAUGAGCCUCUGCCCGGAGCGUCAUAUCCUCGAGGCUCCAUCCCCGGGCCCGGCCCCUCAUCGCUGUCGCAAGCCCUGAGAGGAAGCUUUGCUGCUGGAAGCCCGCCUCGUUUUGCAUCUCCUGCUCCCGCCGCCCAAGCCUAUUCCGACGAUGCCUCGUACUCGCAAAGUCCGAACAAGAACGAAGACCUCGAGGUUUUGCGCCGGCACUUGGUCGGUCCCGCCCAGCGCACCUCGCAUCAGAACCUCCAAGUCUCGUCAUCCUUCCGUCAAUCAGCCCUUCCCGAAGUCGCCAAUUCUGUCGAGAAUGGGCCUGGCAUCGACGAGGAGCACUUCUCGAGUCUUCAAUUGCAGGGUGGAGACAUGACAAGACACAUCUACCGCUACACCGAAGAGCGCGAGCGUGAGGAGGGAGAGCGCCAGGCUCGUGAGACUGGUCGUUUGAAGAGAAGUCUGAGUGUCAAUCUGCCUCGCCCAAAUGAAGACGACCCAGAACUUACAAACAUUAAAAUGCCUGGAGGUCUGCGCAGAGACUACAUUCGCCGUACUGCUGGUUCUCCUGCCCCCGAGGCACGCACCUCAAGACCCAACUACGGCUCCACUCGCGCUCAGACCGAGCCCCCUGCUCGUCAACAACCUCAGUUCCUGGCCAACAACUUCAUCGAGUUCCUCACCCUUUACGGUCACUUCGCUGGUGAAUCGCUGGAAGACGACGAUGAGGCUCUUGGGCCGGAUGAAUACUUCACUUCCGAAACCUACCAAGACGACGAUGACGACGAUCGGGAUGGCCAAGAGCGCGAAUGGGGCGAAGACAGCGCGUUACUGACCCCUGGUAAGCGCAAGCGAAGAAGAAAGGAGCAAGCUGGCAAGGGUAGUCCUGGCGGUGCUGCCAUGCUACUACUCAAGUCAUUCGUGGGAACUGGAGUCUUAUUUCUGCCCCGUGCCUACCUCAACGGCGGUAUGAUGUUCAGUAACUUGGUCCUCCUGGGUAUCGCUCUCCUGAGUUUCUGGUGUUUUAUCCUGCUCGUCAACGUCCGUCUGAAGGUCCACGCCUCUUUCGGUGACAUGGGCGGCAAGAUCUACGGCAGAUGGUUCCGCAACCUCAUCAACUCUUCUCUCGUCAUCAGUCAGAUUGGUUUCUCCUCGGCCUAUAUCGUCUUUGUCUCGGAAAACCUGCAGGCUUUUGUCUUGGCCGUCACAAAGUGUCGUACCUUCAUCGACAUCAAAUACAUGAUCUUGAUGCAGAUGGUCGUGUUCUUGCCUCUCAGCUUGUACCGCAACAUCAACAACAUUCAGAAGCUCGCUUUGAUUGCCGAUUUGUUCAUUGUCCUUGGUCUUGUUUACCUCUACUACUACGACAUUCUGACCUUGGUUGACAACGGCGGUAUCGCUGAUAUCAUCCAGUUCAACAAGGACGACUGGACCCUGUUCAUUGGUACUGCCAUCUUCACCUUCGAGGGUAUUGGUCUUAUUAUUCCUAUCCAAUCCGGUAUGAAGGACCCCAAGAAGUUCCCUCGUGUCUUGGGAACAGUCAUGGUUGCAGUCACUGUCAUCUUCAUCUCCAUGGGCGCUCUUUCGUACGCCGCCUACGGUAGCUCCACAAAGACUGUGGUCCUCCUCAACAUGCCUCAGGACAACAAGCUUGUCAACAGCGUGCAGUUCAUCUACUCUGUGGCCAUCUUGCUCUCCACUCCCCUGCAGAUCUACCCUGCUAUUGAGAUCACUUCUCAACAGCUCUUUAGUCGUACCGGCAAGUAUAACCCUUGGAUUAAGUGGAAGAAGAACGUAUUCAGAUUCUUCAUGGUUGCGCUCUGUGCAGUCAUCGCGUGGGCUGGUGCAGGACAGCUCGACAAGUUUGUUGCGCUUGUCGGAAGUUUCGCCUGCAUUCCUCUCGUCUUCGUUUACCCUCCCCUUAUGCAUUACCGUGCUGUCGCAACUCGCUCGUGGCAACGUAUUGCUGACAUUUUGCUCGUCAUCUUUGGGCUCUUCAUCAUGGGCUACACCACUGCGCUAACCGUGAUGAGCUGGGCUUCAGGAAGCCCGAAAGAGCCAGGAUACUGUGAUGGAAGAUGA